GUCAUGGAGCAAACUUCAGUGGGGACCCGCUGGAUGGAAAACUCCAAGCACCGCCCAGCCGGAGCCUCUGUCCCAGCUCUGAGGGUGCUGCGCUCUGGGCCCUUCCUCAUGGGCGGUUAGUAGGACAGGUCAGGUCCAGGUUGGGGGGACAGGGGGUCCCUUCCAGUUCUCAUCAAUUGUUUGAGUGAAAAGUGGAGGGGUGUCGAGCCCCCCUAAUGCAGGCAGUCUCUGGUGCGCAGGGGACCGUGCCCCUCCACUGUCAGCAUCCCGCGCGCCCCCUCCUGUACCAGAAGUCCCCAUGCCGAGCACCCCGGGGGUCAUGCACACCGGCUCACUCAACCCUCUGCACAUGCUCCUUCUCGGUCUCAUCAGUCGUAUUUUACAAAGGGGACACUGAGGCCCAGCAGGGUGAGCGCUAAAUGGGUGUGUGCCCUCGCAGCAGGGACCAGAGCAGACCCUGCGGGGUCCCCUGCCUGGAGCAGCGGGAAGGACGCCCUCUCACCGGCCUCAGGCGGAAGGUCCCUGGUGCACACUGCCGGCCGGCCGGGGAGCAAGUUCAGUCCCAGCGCCUCAUCCUGGGAACACGGAGGGUCGGGGCCGCCUGGCCAGGGCAGAAGGAACCGCUGUUCCCCUCCACUUUCCCUCACCAUGUUUCCAUUGAGUUGAGAGGGACAAGAAAACCCUAGAAGAUUAGCUGACCCUGGAGAUGGUGUUUUCAUUUUGAAGGAAAGUGGGGUUCAUGAUAAUGCAGCGCGAACGUGGGUGAGGCUUGGCAGAGAGCGAGAGCCACCCGGCGUCCCACUGCCCACUCACGGGUCCCCCCUCCGGACGGGUGGAAUGUGCUCGGCCUGCUGGUGAUGACGCACUUGGGAGUCCCUCUGGACUUCUGGAUUUGGGUCAACGCCAACGUUGACAUCAGCAGCAGAAUCUCUCCAAGGCUCAGUUUACCCGUCUGGUGAUGAGAGGCUGAGCUGAUCGGAGGGUGUCCCGGGGGUCCUUUGAGGUGCCGCUGACCCAGGAGCGACGGUGGGGUGGGACAGCGGCCUUCACCUGUGUCCUCGGCGAGCCGGAGGUACGCGUCACCCCUGUGGCAGGCUUGGCUCCACAUCUGCUGCCGAAUUAGUAGAUGGAGGACACUGGAGCCGGUGUUACAGCGAUUCACGGCUGCAAAGUCGAGGUGCAUCAUUUGACUUGAGCCGGUGGGGAGACAGGUCCUGGAACCCCUGGGGCUGGCCCGUGCCCAGUACACCCCUUCCUAGCAGAGUGCUGGGCGAGAGCCUGUGGAUUCGAGCUCAGCACGCGGGUCUGUCCUGCUCCCGCCCAUGGGUUAUGUGAGGGCACCCCUCUCGCUGCAGGGCCCAGAGCCUGGGUGGCCCGCGGCAGGCGAGGUGUUUGCUCUCAGAGGACACAGGUAGGGCAUCCUGGGCACACCGGAGACGCGGCCUGGACCGUGAACCGGGACUGCCCACCAGCCCCAGGAAAUGCCGAGGACAGAAGAGCGUGCCAGGUGCCCAGAGGAAACGCGCCAGUGGGUGCAGACGCGGGCAGCACCAUGGGGGCCGGGGCGGAGCAGCGGCCAGAGGGAGGGCAGCCUGGCAGCGGGCCCCAGCGCCGGCCCUUUCUUGAGCCCUGAUUCAAGUCCACAAAGUGUGAAAAAGUUGAAUUCAUGAGACAGCUGGAAAUACGAACACUGGCUGGAUAUUCGAUAUUAGGAGAUGGUUCAGUUUUGAGGUGUAACGAAGUGCUGUUGGGGUAACGUGAAGUAGACGGGACAAUCGAUGCGAUGGGAGAGCGCGCCCUUCCCCGCUGCGCAGGCGAAACACAGCUGAGGAGCGAUACGUGCUCAGGAAUAGCGGCAGCUCCGCCCCGUGGGUGGGAGCCAGGGGGCCUCACAGGUGCAGGCAACCGGCCGUGAGCUCUUCCAGCAGGUGUGUGACGUGACCAGCAUCAAGGAAGCCCACUUCUUUGGCCUCAGCGUGGUCAGAAACGAUGAGUACGUGUUCAUGGAUUUGGAGCAGAAGCUCAGCAAGUACUUCUCCAAGGACUGGAAGCGGGAUGCACACGAGGCCGGCGGGCGGCCUCCCGCGCCCUUCGUCACCUUCCUCAGAGUGCGGUACUACGUGGACAACGGAAGGGUCAUAAGCGACCAGACGGCCAGGCACCUGUACUACUGCCACCUGAAGGAGCGGGUGCUGAGGUCCCAGUGCGCCCACCGUGAGGAGGCCUACUUCCUGCUGGCCGCCUACGGGCUGCAGGCCGACCUGGGCAACCACCGGGAGCCGGUCCACGCGGGGAGGUACUUCGAGCCCCAGGCCUACUUUCCGCCAUGGAUCAUCGCCAAGAGGGGCCGCCCCUACAUCCUCAGGCACGCGCCGGCCAUGCACCGCGAGCAGCGGGGCCUGAACCCCAAGGAGGCUGUGCUGUGCUUCAUCAGAGAGGCCUGUCGGCUCGAGGACGUCCCUGUCCACUUCUUCAGGCUGUACAAGGACAAGAAGGAGGACAGACCUACCAUCAUCCUGGGACUGACGCUCAAGGGAAUGCAAGUCUACCAGGAGGUGAACCGUGCCCCCGAGCUGCUCUAUGACUUCCCCUGGUCCCACAUUGGGAAGGUGGCGUUUCUGGGGAAGAAGUUCGAGAUGCGGCUGGACGGGCUGCCGUCAGCGCGGAAGCUGGUGUACUACACGGGCUGCGCCUGGCGCUCGCGCCACCUGCUGCAGCUGCUCAGCGCCAGCCACCAGCUCCACCUCAGCCUGCGGCCCGCGCUGCAGAGGCUACGGCAGAGGGAGGAGGCCGAAGAGAAGGAGCGCUAUCGCGAGUCCUACAUCAGCGACACGCUGGAGCUGAACCUGGACCUGGACCCGGACCCAAGCAGCAGGGGCUCCCUGGGCAGCGGGGGCAGCAGCCAGCACGUCCCCCACCGCCUCUCCCUUGGGUCAGCUGACAGCGGCAGCAGCUCCCACACAUCAGGCGUCAGAGAGGCCGGGGAGAUGGCAGUGGACGAGCCCCCAGGGGGUGCUGAGGCCCUCUACGUGGAGAUGCCACCCUGCGGCUCCAGCUCCAGCCGGAGCGGCCACGGCACGGAGGCUGGCAGCAGAGGCUGGGCAGAGGGGGACGGCCGGGCCCGGGGAGACGCCUCUGGCCGGGAGCCCUCGGCAGUCGUGCAGGUCCCACUGAUCAGGAUGAGGGGCAGGUGUGCGGAGGCCCUGUACCAGAUGCCAGAGGCAGAGCCACCCCACCACAGCCUGGACCACGCACCGCCGGGAACCUGCAGGUCCACCAACAGCCUCUACCUGGUCCUGUGCAGGGAGGACCAGCUCCUGGAGGAGUUUGUGGUGUAGACGCUAGAGAUGGGGCUCUGCGCCCUUGGGCCUCACCCACACUGCACAGCUUGUCCACGUGGCACAGCUGCAUCCACGAGGCACGGCUUGUCCAAUCGGGGCUCUGUCUACACACAUGGCUUGUCCAUGUGGCAAGUCCUGUCCACGUGGGGCUCUGUCUACACAGCACAGCUGCAUCCGCCCAGUGGGCUUGGCCCACACCUCCUCCCACCUCAGGACAGCCUCUGGCCCUCACCCCCUCCUGCGCUGGAGGCUCUGGCCACACCCUGGUUGACUGAGGCCCUCCCCUCGCCUCCCUGCCCCCCCUCCUGUAUGAUCACCUGUCAGUGGUGUGGAGCUGGCUCUGACGUCAGGCCUGGAGGGGACCUGGAGGGUUCCACUCUCGUGCCAGCCAUGACGGGUCCAAGCUCCAUCCAUCCGUGUGACCAGGAGGUGGAAGUCAGGGUCCGACCAUGCGGUCUCCAGGCGAGUGGGGGCUGGCCCCUCGGGUAGCCCUUCCCCAUCUAUUCUGGGAAGGAGGACGUGGUAGCCGUGCCCACACGGUGGCAAGACCCCGCAGGUUCCCUCUGCACUGACCACGCGCACAGCCCUGUGGGAGUCUUUGACCCAAGGCCACAGUCACCUGUCAUUGCACUGGCCACAGGCUUCCGCUAGCCCAGUGUUUGCAAUCCCUCUGUGAGGUGUGGUCCCGGCUGUCACCCCAGGCCUGGCUGGUGGAUGACCCCUGUCCACCACCCACAUGACAUGGACAUCCCGGGAGGCACCAUGCCCGAAGCUGCAGGGUCACCUGGACACCUGGUCCCUGGGGAGCUCACAAAGCCAGACAGACAGCUGGUCAACCAGCGAAGCCAUCAUCUCGAUUCUGAAUCCUCCUCCCUCGGCCCCAAGACAGAGCCCGGUGUCCUGGUCCUCUCCCAUCACAAGUCACACGGCAGCGGUGAUCUGCCCACAGGGGCGGCCAGGGCUCCUGCCCUGGGACAGUGCUGGGUACCCUCUAGGGGUCCGAGACUCCAGGUGAGAUGGGGCAGAGUGGGGACCAGCCCCCCGCCACCCUCUGCACCCGACCCACGCUCCAGGGCUGGGGUUGGGACUGUGUUCCCAGCUUCGCCACGACUCUGGUUGGCAGGUUCACAGCUCCUGCGGCAGCGAUUCCUGGGAAAGUGUGGGACAGCUGACCUUCUCUGUGCCGUGGGUGCAUCGAGAGCCCGUGAGCAAGCAGCACGGGAUGGCAGGUGCAGGGCCGCAGCCGCAGCCGCAGCCCCAGCGUGGGUUGGCCCACGUGGGUGGGGGGCAUGGCGACAGCCACCCCACGCUGGGAGGAUUUGCAUAGUUGUGCCUUCCUUUCAAAGGCAGGCUGGCUGCGCGGCUUGCAGGUGGCCUCCGCCAGUGGAGGGACUGCACGCCCCGGGAGGAAAAGCAGGGACUGUCUUGCCUGCCUCCCGGCCCCAGGGGGGCCUUGCAACCCUUCCGGAAGCCCUGAGAGCAGGGAUGUGAGACGGGUAAUAACCAGCCCCGAGCCGGAGGCUCCUAGUGGGGUUCAGGGCGCGGGUCGGCUCGUUUGACCUGGGGCCCCUCUGGGCUCCCCCCUACCCAAGAUCCGCACCCGCACACCUGCCGUCCCCUUGACCUGGAGGGACCGGCUCCUGCCUGUCUGGAGACCCUGAGCGCUCAGCGGGCGAUGGUGAGCCCACUGCCACACAGCCCUGCGCCCGUGACGUCUCCCCGUCUCUGGUGCUCGUGCUGGGGCGGCCGCAGCGGCACGGGAGCUCAGACGGAGGGUGGAGCUGGAGCCAGUGUGUGCAUGUGCGUGCAUGCACAUGGCUGGGGGGGGCGGUGCAUGCACACUUGCACAGUGAGGUUGAUGCCCCCCAGGCUGGGCUUUUGAUCCUUUCUGUGAAAGGUGAUCUUGUGUGUGUGCACACUGGGCACGUGUAAUAAAGGACUGAACCCACGCCUUCA